AUGUAUCAUCUUGCAAAGUCGCUCUAUCUCUAUGCCACCAGCAAGGAGGAAUACUCCGUCCUCCUCCUCGGCCUCGACAACGCCGGAAAGACGACCCUCCUCUCCCAGAUCAAGGCGCUCUACCUGCCUCCCUCCGACGGCGCCCCAGCCCCGAACCCGGGCCGCACCGUGCCCACCGUCGGCCAGAACGUCGCCACCAUCCCGCUGCCGGACAUGUACCUGAAGAUCUGGGACGUCGGCGGCCAGACCUCCAUGCGCGGCCUGUGGCAGAGCUACUACGCGAGCUGUCACGCCAUCAUCUUCGUGGUCGACAGCACGGACGUCGGCGACGGGCUCGACGACGACUUCGCGGGGACCGGUUCCGGUUCUAACCGCGGCCGCCUGGACGAGUGUCGGCAGGUGCUCGAGUCGGUGCUGCAGAACGCCGACACGGCCGGGGUGCCGAUCCUGGUGCUGGCCAACAAGCAGGACCGCGAGGACUGCGUCGAGGUGGUGCGGAUCAAGGAGGGGUUUGUGCGGCAGGUCUUCGAGGGCGAGAAGGGCGGCGGCGUGCGCGACAGUCGGGUUUUGCCUGUCAGCGCGCUGCUGGGGACCGGCGUGCGCGAAGCGGUCGAAUGGGUGCAGAGUCGAGUUAAAUGGAACAAGGAGGGCCGGCCCCCAGUGAUGCGAUAG